CUUCACGAGCAGCUUCAUUUCCGUGAGGUCGUGAGGCGAACGAGGAUGAUCUACGACUCGAUCCGCGUUCUCUGCACCAUCGAGGAAGAGAAGCGCGUCCAGGAGGAGAAAAGAGCUGCCGCCGUCGCUGACGUUGUUACUAUUGCCGCUGAUGAACCGUUCGCUGCAUCUGAAUCCACCAUUGAAUGUUCUUCCUCAGCUGAAACCACCGUCUCUGUUGCCGUGCCAGCUCCUGAAUCCGCCGGGGAACAACAAUCGGCGAACAACAAUGGCGCCGGCGAUAAGCAGCCGGAAACAGUCAACAGGGGCGAAGCUGAUGCCAAGAUGGCGCGGCGGAUGCGGCAAAGAGGGGAUAUUCGUGCGGCGCAGAUGAUGAGGUUGAAGCAUCUUUGGCUGAACUGCGAUAAGCGAAUCGUCGGAGCGAUUCCCGGUGUGUAUGUUGGCGACGUAUUCCUCUUUCGGAUGGAAUUGUGUGUCCUUGGAUUGCACGGUCAGAUCCAAGCUGGCAUUGAUUACCUGGCAGCUUCCAUGAGCCCCAACAAUGAACCAAUUGCAACGAGUGUCAUUGUCUCCGGUGGCUACGAGGAUGAUAUGGACGAAGGAGAUGUCAUAAUCUACACUGGACAAGGCGGGCAGGCCANGUGCGGGCAGGCCACGAAUUCCGUGAGGCAAGCCACACACCAGAAGUUGGAGAGUGGGAACCUGGCAUUGGAGAGGAGUAUGUAUCAUAAUAUUGAGGUUAGAGUGAUUAGAGGGAUGAAGUAUGAGGGAGCCGCUGCGAAAUCCGGUAAGAUUUAUGUCUAUGAUGGUUUAUAUAGGAUUUCUGAGUGCUGGUUUGAUGUUGGAAAGUCCGGUUUUGGUGUUUAUAAGUAUAAGCUUGUUAGGACUGAAUGGCAGCCUAAGAUGGGUAGUGCUAUUCUUAAGGAAGCUAGGGGCAUUAGGAAAAGUGGAGUGGGUUUUCAACCAAUGUAUUGUCUUUCUGUUGAUAUUUCGAAUAAGAAGGAGAAGGUUGCGGUUCGGCUCUUUAAUGAUAUUGAUGAUAGUAAGGAGCCGCUUUGUUUUGAUUAUCUUCUGACAACUAUUUUCCCUCCAUUUGUGUUUCAUCAGAGCGGGACAGCUACUGGGUGUGAUUGUAUUGGCGGUUGUACGGAUGGAUGCUUUUGCAGUAUGAAGAAUGGAGGCGAGUUUCCUUAUAAUCAGCAGGCGAUCCUUGUGAGGGGGAAGCCUUUGAUUUUUGAGUGUGGCCCUUUUUGCAGUUGUCCACCUCAAUGUAGGAACCGUGUGUCGCAGAAUGGGGUGAAGAACAAGUUGGAAGUUUUUAGGUCGAAGCAGACAGGUUGGGGAGUAAGGUCCUUGGACCUUAUUCAUGCUGGUGCUUUUAUCUGUGAGUAUUCAGGGGUUGUUUUGACUAGGGAGCAAGCACAGCUUUUGACGAUGAAUGGUGACUCGUUGAUAUAUCCUAAUCGGUUUUCUGAAAGGUGGGCAGAAUGGGGUGAUUUGUCUCAGGUAAACUCGGACUAUGUGCGUCCAUCUUAUCCGUCAAUUCCUCCUCUGGAUUUUUCUCUGGAUGUGUCAACGGUCCGAAACGUUGCUUGCUAUAUGAGCCAUAGUUCAAGUCCAAAUGUUAUGGUUCAAUUUGUUCUGUAUGAUCACAACAACUUGAUGUUCCCUCACAUUAUGCUGUUUGCAAUGGAGAAUAUCCCUCCACUGAGAGAGCUCAGCCUUGAUUAUGGGGUGGCUAAUGAGUGGACAGGCAAGCUCUCUAUAUGCAAUGGGUGAAUUCAUAAGAUUCAAGCCCUUCUUUUUUUUUUUUGCUGAAGCGGAGUUUCAGGCAUUGUUUCACUGAGGUAAAGCCAUCUUAUAUUGUUUAACUCGUCUGGUUUCACCAUUAUCUUUCAUUAGAUUAUGUCAUCUGCAUAUCCAUUCUCUGUGCAGUUUCCAUUGCAAACUGUUGACUUAAUACCAUAAUCCAUAUGAUAGUGACUUAUCGGAAUAUCAUAUUAGUAUUCUGGUGUUUUCAAACACCUUGGAUGUUCGAGACAUUUUACGGUGAGGGUGAUGACUGACCUCACCUUGUUGUCUUUUGAGUAUCUUUUUGCAGUCUGCGUUGCGAAAUGCAAACCCAUUAUGACCAUGGUUGCUCACUGAUAUAUUAACAUAUUAUGCAGUUCAUAAUUACUUUCAUCUGCUUUCCAUGGGUGAUAUUUUACUGAAUAUCCCCUUAAAACUUGUUUCACAUAGCCAAAUGUCCCUUACUGAGACUUGACUUUUUCCCAUUCGGUUCCUUUGCAAAAUGGUUCGUGUAAUUAUACACUCAUUUUGUGUUUUGAAUUCCCAUAUUCAUGUUGGUGUGAUUUUCAUAUCUGGUGAUUUUCUGAUUUGGUAAUCAUUCUGUGCCUAGUGUUUAAUUAUUGAACUUAGUUUGUUAGUAAUUUGUGAAGAGCUUUACUAUAAUACCAUUGUCCAUAUAUAUAUAGUCUGUCUCUCUUCCGAACAUAACCCUCUUUAUCAUAACAAGUUUCUUAAUAUACAUAUGUGUAGCCAACUAGGUUCUUAUAAACCAAUAUUAAGCCUUUACUUGACAAUUGAAGCUCCUAGAAAAUUCAUUGCUUGAUACAACCCAGACUUGGAUAUUACAAUUAACUAUCAAACUAGGAAUUUGAGUCAAACCUAACUUAGCAUUCUAUAAAUACAACAAACUAAGCUUUUCCUGCCAAGAAAGGUUCGGUACAUUUGUGUUUGUAAUAGGACCUAUUCAUACUGAAAAAAUGCUUGAAUGGACCACUAACUAUUAUUCCUUUUCGAUGCAAUGCUAGUAGAAAUUGCUUUGAUAGAGACAUUCUCCUUGGAAAGAUGCCAUUGUGAAUCAAUUCUCUUAAAAAUUUAAAUUGAUUAGUAGAAAUGCAUGCAAGCCACUGCAAAAGAGUCUUUGGGCUUUGGUGUCCAAGCAGGCCCCAAGCCAUACUUAAUAGGUGGUUUCUCUUCUAGUGGCGCAACAUAUAUGUGGUCGUUGGUGGCAUCCUUCUCAAAGAUACAAAUGAAUGAAAUAGAAAAAAAAAGUAGAAGGAUGGACUUAUUCUACCUUAGCAUGCCUUCGUUACAAAUCUUGGCACCUUUAUGAACUUUUCAAACGCCUAAGUUAACACUUUGUAAAA